UAAACAAACACUGGACAAAACGUAACAGAAUUAUUCAUUUGCAUUGGGUUUUGAAUUUUUUUUAAUAAUUAAAAAGUAUAUUUUAAAUUUUGGUAACCCAUCACAAUUACAAACAUACACAUUGAAUUCAGUAAAAUUUUUAUUUGCUGAAACUCAUGUCAGUUUAUAAUGGAGAUUGAAGGGAGCCACAUGGCGAGCACCGAUAUGCAACAAAAAUUUAAAAAUAAGAUUAUGGAAUCUACAAUAUUAGAUUCCUUCACAGAAUUAACGAGAGACACAGAUCGACAACGAAUUGAAGGUGGAACACGUUUAUUAAAGCACUUGUCAGAGCCUCAGGAUAAUGACAAGAGUGAAAAAGAGUUUGAUUAUGUUGUCGGUCGACUAUUUAAAGGGAUUGGAACGUCCCGUGUUAACGCUCGUAAAGGAUUUUAUACGACCUUAGUUGCAUUAUUAAGUACUUCAUCAAUACCUUUUGAUAAAAUACUUAAUGCUAUUAAGAAACAACUUGAAAACAGUGGAGGCGGCUCCAAAAGUGAAAAAGCUGAUCUUUAUAUGGGACAAAUAUUAUCUACAGGUGCAAUUAUUAAAUCUGGAUUGUUCACAAAUUUCCCAGAAAAUGAUCAAAAAGAAUUAGUACAGAUUUUAAUUACUGCCGGGAAGCAACGAAGUUUUUUAUCAUUGGCUUCUUAUUCAUUUUUAAUAUCACUAGUUGAAAUUACUACUCAAGAGACUUUUAAAGAAGUAAUUUGGCCAUUAAUGCAAGAAGAAGUUUUAUUACCUUGGAGUGAUCAACGGUUGGAUACUUUAUGGUUUUUAAUAAUUUCACGUGACAAGUUUCCGCAUUGUAUUAAAAGCAAACUGUUGAAAAAUAAACUUGGAACUUCAGAAAUCAUUGAUGCCGAAUCAGUACAGAAUAUAUGUGAACUUUUAAUGAAUACACCCAUGUUGAUAACAUUAAAACAUCCAUUUUAUAAACUAAUAACGAAAAAAAUAGUAAAAUCAGAAUAUCUUCAAAAAUUCUGUACCGUUUUAAAUACACAAAUAAUUAAAUAUAAUCGUAAUAAAUUGAUAAUCAGUUUAGCAAUCAUUAAUUACAUAUUAGAAGACAUCGAAGAACCGAUACAAAUUUCUGAAUUAUUAUUACCAAAUCUAAUCGGAAAUUGUAUUAAAAUCUUACCAACAAUUAAGAAUAGAAAAGAUGAUGAUAUUAAUAUACAAUUUGGAGCUUUAAUGACAACUUUAAAUACAAAGCUAUCAGAUUCAUCAAUUAAAUCAAAAAUCAAGAUAACAAUAUUAAAAAAAUUAUUAUUUACACCGGGUAAUUUUAUGUUUGAAAAAAUUACAAACACAAAAAUCAUUCAACAAAUUGUGACGAAUUUAAACACGGAAGGCGUGAAAAAAUUAUCAAAAGUAUAUAGAAAUGUUAUAACGGCAAGUAUACCGAAAAAUGAGGAAAAUCCUAAUGAUGUAUGGUUAAAUAUUGAGCGGGUGGAUGCAGCUCAUUCAUUGAAUAGAUUGUUAAGUCAUCCAACGGUACAAAAAGAAAAUGAAUGGCGAUUUGAACAAAUCAAAUUUUUAUUGGAUGUUAGUUUAUUGAAUCCUGUUGAUGGUCAAAUGGGGAUAGAGUUAGCAGGUGCUCUAAAAGAAAUUUUCUAUCAUGCUCUUGAUCAAAAAUUAUCAAAACUACAAGAUUUAAAAGAUUUACUAUCACAAUUGGUUCAUUAUAUACAUGAAAAAAUAUCUGAAGAUAACGAUGAAAAUAAAAUAUUCCGAAAUUCAUUAAGCGCAGAAGCUUUAGAACAUUGGAACAAAAUGAUCAAACUUGUGAAAAAAUUAGAAAAACGUGCAAGCAAAACAAAUAGUGAUGUUAUACCUAUAUUUCACGUAUUAAUCUUACACAUGGGAUUACAAUUAUUUAUGGAUAAGAAAUUAGCGAUUAACACACUUGAAGAAUUACACAGUUGUUAUAAACGAGCUGAAACGAAACAAAGUGAUAAAUCAUUGAAUGAAACGUUAUUGACUAGCGAUAAUACAGAAGACGGAGAACCAUAUUGGGUUGAAGUUUUAGUUGAUUUAUUCUUAAGUUUAUUAUCACGUAAUAAUCAUUUGUUUAGACGAAUUAUCAAUUAUGUAUUCCCGAAGUUGUGUCCUUAUUUAUCAACAACAGCUAUUCAUCAAAUAUUAAAUGUAUUGGAUCCAAAUAAUGACAAUAAUCCAUUUUUAUAUCAAGAUUCAGACGAUGAAGAAUCAGAUAACGAUAAUGAAGAAGAAGCAGGAAAUGAUGAAGCUACAAGUGAAGAUGGCGAAUCUUCGAAAAACGACGAUGAAAGUGAUUUAUCCGACAUUGAUGAUUACGAAGAUGAGCCGGUCAAUGAUAAAUUACGAAUGGCAAUACGAGAAGCACUUGGAAGUGCUGCUAUUCAAACAGACGAAGAAUCUGUUGAUAUAGAUGAUAUUGACGAAGAGGAGGGCAAACGCUUGGAUAAAGCUUUGUCAUUAGCAUUUCGUAAUAUUAAGGGUGAUAAAAAAUCAAAAAAACAAAGCAAAGAUGAAAAAACACUAACUCAUUUCCGUGUUCGUGUUUUGGAUUUAAUCGAUUUAUAUUUAGAUUCGGAACCAACAUUAGGCAAUGUUUUAGAAAUCAUGAUACCCUUAUUGCGUACACUAGAAUUUAGUAUAAAAGAUUCACAUCAAAAACCAUUAGAAAAUCGUUUACGUUCUACGUUAAAAAAAUUAACAACUUUAAAGAAAUUAAAUUUAACUAAAAAUGACGUAACUGAAAGUCAAUUAACCGAUUUACUAAAAUCAUUUUUGGAUAAAGGUUCAAUUGCAGCAGCUGUAUUUAAAGAUAUGGGUGAUGUUAUUACGAAAUGUUGUAUAUUUAUAAUAAAAUCAAAUUUAUUGCUCGAAAAAAAUACUGGCGGAAUAAAUUUAUCAAUAAAUAAUUUAGUUAUAGAAUGUUUAAAAUUAUAUUUUGAAAAACGUGAUUGUCUAUUGCCAAGUAUAUUUUUUGUUGAAACUUUACAACUAGUUUGGGAAAAUAAUUGGUCGUUGGUACCAUUAUUAGUCGAUUAUGCAUUUAAUUCACAAAUGCGACCAUUUCGUCGUCAUCAAGCGUUAACCUUUUUAAUAACAUUUUAUAAAAAUCAACGAUUAAUACAGGAUUUAUCGAAAUGUAAUGAAUUUGAGAAAAAAAUUGGUGAACAAACGAUUACGCUCUUAGAGAAUUUAGCACAAAAUCCAAAAGAUUGCAAAGAGAAAUUCGUAUGUUUGUUAAUGACGUUAUUGUUUAUUAUACAUAAUUUACAUAAACAACGUCGUACACCAAGUGUUAUCAAUUGGGAACAAAUUGGUAAAGCUGUCACAACUUACCGAAGUAAUGUAAAAUUAGGAAAAGUUUCUAAACAAGCGUAUCAUAAAUUAUGUGCGGUAUUGGGUAUAUCGAAAGUAACAAUGACAAAUAGCGCUAAACAAAAUGGCAACGGAGUUGUGACAAAGGAAUUAGAAAAUGGAAAUUCAUUGGUUAAUGGAAAUGAUAAUGUUUUAAGUGACAGUGAAACAAACACGAAAAAUGAUAAAAAACAGUUAAAGAAACAGCGACAAAAAGCAAAAUCAAAAAGGAAAGAUUUACGAAUCUUAAAAAAACAAACAAAACUGUUACGUAUGCAAGCAAUGGAGGAAGGUUUAGAAAAUAUUGCAUUUGAUGGUGUAUCAAAAUUUACAAACGAAGUAGAAGAAGAAGAAAAUGAGGAAGAUAAUGCAGAAGAUAGUGUUGUAAAAGAUAACGCACAUAAGAAAAAAAGUGGAAAACGAAAACAUGGUCUACAAAAUGGCCAUGAUGAAUUAGAAUCUAAGGAAAAUGAUAAUAAAAUACAU